AUGCCUAAUAGUUUUGAUCGCCUUGAGAGGCUCUUCUCAAAAAGAAGAGAUUCUGCGACCCAGUCCCCCAGGGGUUCUGUCGACUUAACAGCACCGAAAACCGCCAGUCUGGAUCACAGCUUUCCUCAACCUUCUUUUAUUCGCCCGCGCGUUUCUCGGAUGAAGGCUAGAGAUGAGUGUGCAGUGGCCUCCCAGAAAGAGAGGCGUACCCAAAGCCUACCCGAGAACCAGUCCGAGCGCUACUCCAUUCACGUUUCUCACAUGAGCAGUGCAAGCAUUAUGACACUACCUAUUCCAUCCCGCUCCAUGUCCCUCAAUUACGGAAGCGAAAUUCUGCCGGUGGCAAGUUUUGGCGGGUUCGAUUUUCCUGCUCCUCCCAAUGGCCACUUACUGGCCUCGCCCGCUUGCGCUACGUCGUCGUCCAAAACUCUACCCCAAGUGCAUAAAGUUUCCCUUGAGCACCGCCACAGCUCCGUCAUUCUGCCCCCGAGAGCUGACACCCCGCCCUCUUCUGACCAUGAAGAUGAUUCAAGCAUAAAGGGUUCUCAGCACGGCCGACCCUCUUCUUCCCUCAGUCGCGAUUUACCGACACCCGAAGCAUCACCAGACAUGAAGCCUGUAAACGACAAGCGAUCAAGGGAUUCUGCUGAACUUAACCUGGCCAAGAGGAAGGCCGCCGCAGCGGCAACCAGGCGCAGGAGAGAGGAAAAAGCCGCCGCGUUGCGCCGUCCGUCAGGGCAGUCAAGGCCUCAUAAGUCCGUCACAUCAUCAACACAGAUCCUUAAAGGAGGAGAUGUUAAGGACUUCUUCUCUCUUUCUGAUGACGACAUUUUGGAGGAGUUGGAGUUGGAAGAUGCAGUUGAGACACCAUCAUCGUCGACUUCGUUUGGGACUCCUCCGUCGCCGCCGACCCCUGCCUCAACCUCAUCAUCGUUUCCCUCGAGGCGGACCUCAUCUAUCUGCGCCGAUAAUGUCGCCAAAGAGGGAGCUCUUCAAGUGGCUCAGAUUGCCGCCAAACACAAGUUCGAUCUCGUCUACAUCAUCAACUUGUGGCCCGACCAAGCGUCCGACUUCCCUUCUUUGCCAUAUCGCGCCUCGCUUGAUUUAUCUUCGAGGCCAGCCAACAGGAGAGACUCUCUUCUUGGGCCCAUGGACGGUCCAACGGUGGACACUGCACCAGGCAUGACUGGUCGUCUUCUUGCCGCGUACGGUUUGUCGAACCUCAAGAGCCCGUUCCGCAUUUCGGCCACCGUUCAAUCCAAGAUUUUGAAGCAGGAGGGUUGGAUGGAGUAUCGCAGUGAUGAUGCGCAAUCCGGCGACUUUGCUCGAGGCUACGGCCACGCUUUCCACACAGCUACUGGACGGAGGGGAUCAGCCAAUUCCAGCCCACGCAGCUCGGUCUUUCAAGAUGUUUCCCGGAAUGACCGCGGCAUCGUUUUUGCCGCUUAUCGCUAUCCUAGCAAGGAUUCUAGUCCAGCCGGAUGUACUAAAGAGGAACUCGAGUCCCUGCGUGCUGAUGCCGAAGGCCUGGUUGACUACCUGAUGGCCAUUCACAAAGCCAGACGCUUACGGGAUCCUAUCACAUUUCAAAAAGAAACGUUCUCACAACCAUGGUGA